CAUUUUUCUUCUUGUACUUGCGCAGUGCAAUGUUUAUCACCCUAAUUACCGUAAGGUUAAAAUAUAGCUGCCGUAAUUACCAUAAAGUUAAAGUUUUGCAAGGUUGAAAUAUCGCCGCCGUAAUUACCGUAAGGUUGAAGUAUUGUCGCUGUAAUUACCGUAAGGUUGAAGUUUCGCCGCUGUAAUUACCGUAAGGUUGAAGUUUCGCCGGUUUUUAAUUUCUCAUCCUGAAAAUUCGAUAUCUUCGCUAAUUAAUUUUGGGGAAAUUUCCCGCUUUUUUUGACUAGCUCAAUUUUUAAAAAAAAAAAACCAAGCACCUUGUAAUUAACAGCGUGAAGUGAGUAUUAAGGCUCGAAUACACGGAACAAUUUUACAGAUCAAUUUUCGAAAAAUAUUAUUUUUCGGAAUAUUGUUUAAAAAAAUACACACAAAAAUUUUAGGUCAAUAUUUACUCAAUUCUUAAAUUGAUUUAAUAUUUUUGUAUACAUACACGAGACAAUAUAAAGAACAAUCUGAAUUUAAUUUACCACAACAUCAGGCAUGAGCGACAACGAAGAAGAAACAAUUUUGUGCUCCUUGAUCUUUUCAAGCAGUGUCAUUCUUUCACAUGGCAGAAAAGUUAGGAAAAAAAACUGUAUGGGUGAAAGAUUGGCUCCAUCACAGAAAUGAAAGAGGAGCUUAUAAUGCAAUUCUGAACGAAUUAAAAUUAACGGAUUUUGAAAGCUACCGAAGCUAUUUAAGAAUGAACACGGAUACUUUUCAGAAACUCAUCGACAUCGUUGGACCUAAGAUUCAAAAACAACGAACAAUGAUGCGAGAUCCAAUUUCACCUGAAGAGAAGUUAGCUGUCACUUUGCGAUUCCUUGCAACUGGUGAAAGUUACGAAAGUUUGAUGUAUCAAUUUCGAAUUCAUAAAACAACUAUCUCUCAGCUCAUACCAACUGUUUGCCAAGAAAUUUAUUUGUCUUUCAAGGAUCAAUACUUACAUCUACCUAACACCAAAGAGAAAUGGAUGGCGCAAGAGGAAAAGAUUCGAACGCGUUGGCAAUUUCCAAAUUGCAUUGGUGCUGCUGAUGGGAAACACAUAUCUAUUCUACAUCCUAAGGAUUCUGGGUCAGAAUCCUAUAAUUAUAAAGGAUUCUUUUCAAUUGUACUUCUUGCUAUAGUCGAUCAUGAUUAUAAGUUUUGCUUCGUGGAUGUUGGCUGCCAGGGAAGAAUAAGCGACGGCGGUGUUUAUAGAAACAGCUAUUUUUACAAAGCUUUAGAAAAUGGUGACUUAAAUCUUCCCGAUUGUAAGCCCCUGCCACAGUCUCCUGAUCCAAACUGGGCUUAUGAUCAGAACAACGAGCCUAUUCCUUACGUCUUUGUUGGAGAUGAUGCGUUUCCAUUAACCAACAACUGCAUGAAACCUUUCGCACAAAGGAAACUUACACCGAGAAAUAGAAUAUUCAAUUACCGUUUGUCACGAUUUCGCCGCAUUAGUGAAAACGCGUUUGGAAUAUGGGUGAACCGUUUCAGAGUAUUCUCCACCAAGCUCAUGCUAAGUCCUGAAAAAGCAACUAUCAUUACGCUUGCCUCACUCGUUUUGCACAAUAUGUUACGAGAUUUGUCGAAAGAGAGUUAUACACCUCAAGGGUUCAUCGAUUUUGAAUGCGAAAACGGAGAAGUUGAACUUGGGCGCUGGAGAGAAGGAAGCUACACCGAAUCCAUUAUUCAGAAAUUGCCAGUGAACAGAAGUAAUAGAGCGACCAACUCAGCUGAGUAUAUCAGAGAAGUGUUCGCAGACCACUUUUAUGGACCAGGACAAAUACCAUGGCAAUGGAAUCAGCUAUAAACUAUUACUGGGUAUUUUUUUUACCUUUGUACUAGAAAAAGAAACACGGAUACAAAAAUAUUUUAUUGGAAUAAUCCAUUGUUAUAACUGCUGUAACUGUUGUUCAUAAACACAGGUGAUCCGAGAGGUGAAGAAGAAACAGAGCUGCUUGACGAGGAAGAGUGACGUCGUUUAAACUUCAGUGACGUUGCGGAAUGUUGCAUGUUCAAUUUAAGCAUGUCUCUUUCUUCGCCAUUCGGAAUACUUGUUAAUAUUUUGCACAGCAAUUCACAAAAAACUUCAUCUUCCGUUUUUUCUUUCCUUUCAGCUCCUCCGUUUGACCUUUUCUCAUUUAACUUUUCCAAAGCUGCAGCCGCAGAAUGCAUAACUUUUUGCGCUGUCUCCAUGCUCGAAUCGCGAAUCUUCUUUGCGCUUUUUGCUGAGGGUGGAUUCAAGACCUCGUACGUUGAAUUUUCAUCGGCAUUGCUGAAAG